AUGCUCAGACACGUAUCGCAGUCACUCGGAUCCUCGUUGCCCGCUUCAAUUGCCCCCUUUUUGGCAAGAAGCUACAUUGCGGGCCAAUUCACGGGACAGAGAAAACCCAACGGUAAGUACACGGUGACCUUGAUUGAAGGUGACGGUAUCGGCCCAGAGAUCUCGCAGUCCGUCAAGGACAUCUACGCUGCAGCCAAGGUGCCCAUUGAAUGGGAGUCCGUUGACGUGACCCCCUUGUUGAUUGACGGCAAGACCACCUUGCCUCAGCCAGCUGUUGACUCGGUUAACCGGAACUUGGUUGCUUUGAAAGGUCCCUUGGCCACCCCGGUUGGCAAAGGGCACACCUCCAUGAACUUGACCUUGAGAAGAACCUUCAACUUGUUUGCCAACGUCAGGCCUUGUAAGUCGAUUGUCGGCUACAAGACCCCCUACGAAAACGUGGAUACCGUCUUGAUUAGAGAAAACACCGAGGGUGAAUACUCCGGUAUCGAGCACACGAUUGUGCCCGGGGUGGUUCAGUCGAUCAAGUUGAUCACCAAGCCCGCCUCGGAAAAAGUCAUUAGGUAUGCCUUUGAAUACGCCAAAUCCAUCAACAAGCCACACGUGCUUGUUGUCCACAAGGCCUCCAUCAUGAAAUUGUCCGAUGGGUUGUUUGUCAAUACCGCUAAGGAAAUCGCUAAGGAGUACCCCGAUGUCACUUUGGACUUUGAAUUGUUGGACAACACCUCGUUGAAGUUGACUGCUGACCCAGCUCAAUAUAAAGAUGUCGUCAUGGUUAUGCCCAACUUGUACGGGGAUAUCAUGUCUGAUUUGUCCUCGGGCUUGAUUGGUGGUUUGGGAUUGACGCCAUCUGGUAACAUGGGUAACAAGGUUUCCAUUUUCGAAGCCGUUCACGGCUCAGCUCCCGAUAUCGCCGGCCAAGGUAAGGCAAACCCAACUGCGUUGUUGUUGUCAUCGUGCAUGAUGUUGAGACACAUGUCCUUGAACGACGAUGCCGAUAGAAUCGAAAACGCGGUAUUGAAAACCAUUGCUUCGGGACCCGAGAAUAGAACUGGUGAUUUGAAAGGUACUGCAUCAACAACACACUUUACCGAAGAAGUUAUCAAGAACUUAUAG